CUGCCUGACAGUAAAUUCUGGAUGUCUGUCCUCUGCACAUUUGGGCAGACAGAGCGUCUGACUAAAGCUGGCCAGUAUCAAAACUUUCUGAAAGGUAUUGAACAGCAAUCAAGGAAGCUGUAUGCUGCUAGCUGUUUGCUAGAACGUCUGUGCUCUGCGGAGCAGCUGAAUGCAUCUUUUCAUCUGAAAGAGAUAAAUUUGCUGCGCGAGUCCACCAUUAGACUAGAUGCGAAGUGCCAUCGUCUCUGGCUUCAUCUCCUUGAAAUGACCAUUUUUCUUGAUCAAUCAAAGAAAAUUGAUAAUAAAUCUAACCAGCCUACUUUUGACGGGAGUACCAGUAGCAUGCUUCAACCAAGCCUAAAUAAUACAAGGCGUGCCGUUGGCGUUCAAUCACCCUGCUGGGCUCUAGAGGAACAUGAUGUUUCUCUACUUUCGCCCGUCUCAAAACUUCAUGAAUCGGGACUUCACAGAUAUGCGGGAGAAUCAGUGCUUGCACAUAUUGCAGAGGAAAAAAUGGACGAAAAGGAUGAAGUAGCCCAAAUCGCUAUGACUCUGACCUCUAAAAUCUCUCUUGGUGACAGCCCGCUGUUUUCCACCGAUGGCCAGUUGACUUCCGCCUCGAUUGACUACAGUAAUGAACUCGAUCCAGAUGAAGAAGAUACCAGUUUUAGUGCUCUUUCUCCCGUUCUAAAGCCUCGAAGCGCUUGUGUGUGUGGAAGGGAGAGUGGUUUCGAGUCAGAGAUGAGUCCACAGACAAGGCACAGCUCAUCUUUUCAGGAAAUAAAUCGUUCGAGGAAAGUUCUGUCAAAAUGUAUUUUACCCUCUGAAUAUAAUAACGUUGGAUCCAUCAAAGUAUGCAGCCAGACAAAACGUUUGCGUUGGGCAGAUGGAGAUCCGAUUGAAGCGACCGAAGGCAUCCUCAAGGGUACUCUUUUUCAUUUAUAA